AUGGCGAUCCCGCUGGAGCAGUCCAUCACGCCGGUGCUUCAGGACUUUAUGAAUCUCAACAUAUUCUAUCUACCAGUGUAUUACUGUGGAGUGCCGAAGGAUCUGAAGUAUGCUGACUCUCAUGAAUGGGUGAAAGUGGAGGGUGAUUCAGCAACCGUGGGGAUUACUGACUAUGCCCAGCGUGCUUUGGGUGAGCUUGUUUAUGUGGAGCUACCAGAAGUUGGCAUCAGUGUAUCCCAGGGAAAGACCUUUGCUGCUCUUGAGAGUGUGAAGGCAGCCAGCGAUACCUAUUCACCAGUGUCUAGAGAGGUGGUUGAAGUGAACGAGAAACUAAGUGACUUGCCUGGAUUGGUGAAUACAAGUCCAUAUGAGAAGGGAUGGCUUAUCAAGGUCAAGCUCAGCAAUUCAGGUGAGCUCAAUUCGCUCAUGGAUGAUGAUAAGUACUCGAAAUUCUGCGAAGGCAACCAUUGAAGAAAUCAGAGUGUCUUCUGAAGACCAGGACCUGUUUUUCAAGCUUUAUCACUGGUUAUGGUCUGGAGACCAGCUGUGACAAAUUGGCAAGGUUCAUCACAAGGAAUAAAUGUUAGGAUUUGCCAAUCCUACAAGGGCAUGGGAAAUCCAAGUUUGUGUUGUCAAUGACGUGGUCAUAUUUGAUAUUUAUUUGUAGUUGUAAUCUCGUGAAUUCCUUCUUUUUUCUUAAAAAUGACUCUUUUUGAUUCCUCUAUGCAA